ACCGUGUCGCUGGCGCAAAAACCAUCUUUGUUUCUCUUGCCCCUGCACAUGCCUUGCUAGAAUUUGCGCGAGGAUUGCAUUGUUUCUUGGUUUAAGAUUGGCCGCAUUUCUUACUAUGUCUUCAGAAGCAGAGACGUCGGCGAAGUCAACGCCGCCCACCUCGCCCGAUGACGAUGGACCGACAGAAGCCAUGCAUAAGGAGGAGGCGCGCAUGGCGGAGCUGCGUCGCAAAGAAGACGAGAAACGCGAGAAGAAACUGGCUGCAGAGCGAGAGAAAGAUCUCAAAGGCGGCAGUGAAGGCGUAGACACGAAGUACAAGGCAUUGGAAUAUCUCUUGAGCCAGAGCAAGUUGUACAGCACUAUCAUGCUUCAGCAGAUGACACAGCAAGAAGAAGCAGAAGAGGCGAAAGACGAGAAGAGCAGGAAACGUGCAUUGAAGCGGGAGGAAACAGCAGAGAAAGCCGCACAGGCCCAGCAGACGAGGGCGACGCGGGCGUCAGCCACGUCUGAGGCGGUGGCAAAUGGGGACAAGAAAGAGCUGCCACGAAGAGGACGUCCUGCGAAGAAGACGAAUAGUGGAAACAAGAUUUCGGAUUAUAUGAAGAAGGAAGAUGUGCAAGCAAAAGCUGGACAGACAUCUAUCACUGAGGCUCUUGCUGAGGAGACCAAAGAUGCAGAUAUCAAACCAGGAGAUAUUGGCAUGCAAGAUUUGCGAUCAGCCAAGCAGCCCGAAUUGGUCACUGGCGGCCUGAUGAGAACGUAUCAGCUGGAGGGCUUGGAUUGGCUAACCUCGCUGUAUGAGAACGGAUUGAAUGGAAUCCUAGCGGACGAGAUGGGGCUAGGCAAAACGAUUCAGACCAUUUCUUUCCUAGCAUUUCUCCGAGAAAAGGGCGUGAAUGGACCAUUCCUUAUCGCUGCUCCACUGAGCACAACGAGCAACUGGGUUGCCGAGUUCAAAAAAUGGACGCCCAGCAUACCAGUCGUGCUGUAUCACGGCAGCAAGCAAGAGCGAGAAGAGAUUCGGCGCAAAAAGCUUCGCAAUCCUGGGAGAGAAGACUUUCCAGUUGUCUGCACCAGCUAUGAGAUUUGCAUGAAUGAUCGUAAACAUCUUGCCCAUUUUGGCUGGAAGUUUAUCAUCAUUGAUGAGGGGCAUCGUCUGAAAAAUCUCAACUGUCGCUUGAUUCGCGAACUGCAAUCAUACCAAUCGGCGAACCGACUCUUGAUUACCGGAACGCCAUUGCAGAACAAUCUCACCGAGCUCUGGUCGCUGCUACACUUCCUGAUGCCUAGCAUUUUCGACAAACUUGAAUCCUUUGAGUCCUGGUUCGACUUCAGCGCUUUGGAGAGAAAAGGCGGGUAUGAGGAGAUCCUGUCCAAAGACCGACAGAAGAGCUUGGUGUCAAGUCUGCACGCCAUCUUGAAACCAUUCCUGUUGCGACGUGUGAAGGCUGAUGUAGAGACUUCGUUGCCGAAGAAGCGCGAAUAUGUUCUCUACGCUCCAUUGACUCAGACACAACGCGAGCUGUAUCAGCAGAUUCUGGAAGGCAAUAGCAGGGCCUAUUUGGAGAACAAAGUCGUUGAGAGCUUGAGCGGCGCGUCAACUCCCGCCAGCGCAAGGAGCCGCAGUCUGAAGCGCAAGGCAGGCAACGAUACGACAACACCGAACAAGAGUGCAAAAUCGAGCCGAGCAUCAACACCAGCCACGAAUGCCAGCACUGGUCCGAGAUCGAGAAAAGCCAAGAAGAAGCAGCAAUACGAGGAGGUCUCGGAUACACAAUACUUCAAACAGCUCGAAGAAGAGCCAGAAUCGCAACCAGAAGAAACAGAAGACACAGCAGACGAAGAAGAAGCCGAACGCGCAAAAACACUCGCCCUCGCCAAAAGAGAACUCGCCAACAAAAAACUCCAAAACCCCAUCAUGCAACUCCGACAAUGCUGCAACUCACCCCACAACUUCUACUACCCCUUCGACCUAGACGACAACACCCCAGUCGACGAAACCCUCAUCACCGAAUCCGGCAAAAUGCUCCUCCUCGACCGCCUCCUCCCAGAACUCCUAGACCGAGGCCACAAAGUCCUCAUCUUCUCGCAAUUCAAAACCCAACUCGACCUCCUCGAAACCUACUGCACACAACUCCGCGACUGGCCCACAUCCCGCAUCGACGGCUCAGUAGCCCAAACCGACCGCCAAGAACAAAUACUCGACUUCAACGACCCCGAAAGCGAUACAAACAUCUUCCUCCUGUCAACACGUGCAGGAGGACAAGGCAUCAACCUCGCAGCAGCCGAUACAGUCCUUCUUUUUGACAGCGACUGGAAUCCUCAGCAAGAUUUACAAGCGCAAGAUCGAGCGCAUAGAAUCGGGCAGACGAGACCUGUAAUUGUAUAUCGCUUCGCGACGAAAGGGACCGUGGAGCAAAUGCUGCUAGAGAAAGCGGAUAGUAAACGAAGAUUGGAGAAGUUGGUGAUUCAAAAGGGACGAUUCAGGAGUCUGGGCGGAGCGAGCUCUUCCGGCGGGGCGGAUUUUGCAGAGUUACAGAAACUGUUGAGUAAAGACGAUGGCGAAAGGAUAGAUGUCGCAGAUGGAAAGGGACUGCUCAGCGACAAAGAUUUGGCCAUUUUGACGGACCGCAGCGCCGAAGCGUUUGAGCGAGCAGAGAAAGGUAUCGAUGUCAUUGGAGAUGCCUUUAAGGCCGUGGAGACGAAAAAAGAUGGAGAUGGACUCCUGGAGAGUUUGCAGAAGUAG